CCAGGAGCGUGUGUGUUUCUCCUGUAAGCAGCAUGCAGUGUGUGUGUGUGUGAGUGUGAGUACAGAGUGAGUGUGUGAGUGCGUGCGUGAGUGAGUGAGUGUGUGAUGUGUGUGAGUGUGUGUGAGUGUGUGUGUGAGUGAGAGAGGGAGGGAGCAGCAGAAAGAAGAAAAUUAGUGUUUUAUAGGAGCUUUAGGAGCUUUUGGAGGAGAGGAGUUCAGCUGGGUUAGGCUUUGUUAGGUUGGUACACACACACACACAUUAGGAUACUACACACACUAAGAUACACACACACACCCACCCACCCACACACACACACACACACACACACACACACACACACACACACACACACACACACACACAGUGUCCAGGUCAUGUUGUGUUCUUUAGGAAAGUUUUCCCUUUGCUAGUUUUGCUCCAGCACUGUGUUGUUGAGUAUAGAGCUGGGCAGAGCUGCUGUGUUUGGAGCAGUUUUGAAGUUUUCUGAUGGAGCUUGUGGUUUUGGUUGCUGGUGAAAGCAGGCUAGAUCUGCUGCUGCUGCUUCUGCUGAGCUCUGACUGCCUUUCCUGGACCCCUCCAGAGCACACACUGUAAGUGGGAGCUGAUUGACUUUAUAGAUUAGCCAGAUGUCUGGUGAGCUAAGCCAGAUAUGAAUGUGUAGAUAGAGUUUUGGAGGAAUCAGACUAAAGAAGCCUCACUGAAGAAGACUCAUCCUGGUCAGGAUGCUGAAGACCCUCACUAAAAAGCUCAGAAGACAUUCCCUCAAUGAAAUCCAUCCUUUUCAACUGAAGAUUUCCUACCAUGGCAGCGAGGAGGGUGGAGAGAGUGAGGAUUCUGAAGGGGAGAAUCAGGAGCUGGCACAGAUUGAUAGAGAACGCAGGAGGAACUGUGUUCUGACCCCUCUGGCCACAAGUCAGCAGCACAACCAGGGUCUGCUCUCUCCGGCCCACCUGCGGAGAUUAAGGCUGCUGCUGGAGCCCGCGAUGGACCGGCACAGUUCAGAGGAGGAGCUGGAGCGUAUUGCAGGGGCCACCGGCACAGAGGGCGGCCGCAAAUGGCCCCGACACAGCGAACUCAGCAGCGCCUCCAGUGACGAGGAGGUGAAAGAUCUGUGUGAGCCAAGUGCUGGAGCCCGUCUGAGUGCCACCUCACCGAGCCCUGUUCUCUUCAGCUCCUCUCCGCCCAGAGGCCUCAAACCCCCACCCACCAUGGCCACCACCCGCCUCUCCGCCAGGCCCAUCAUCCUUAGUCAUUUUGAGCAGCCCUCCAUGCCCUAUUGGAGGCACCGGCCCUCUUACACAGGAGAGCCUGGCCGACCCAGCUUAGACCUGGAGAAGAUGCAGCAGAAAAUGCUCCUGAAAAAGAACUGUGGAGGCAAAACAAGAACUAUAAAGAUCCGGAACCUGAGCAGCAGCCGUCACCCUCCCAGAUACUCCUAUGACCCGUCCAUCUAUGCCUUCCGGUCUCUGAGCACAGCACCGCCCUGCAGCCCCCUGCUCUCCAGCGAGGAACCUCCGUGUGCUUGAGGAAAACGACGAAAAACGCUUCAGAGACUAAACAGCAGAGUUUGUUGGACCAAGAUUUCCCAUAUUAGGACAAGAGACAAUGUAGUUGUCCUGUUAUUCGUCAGGAUUCUAGCCUGAACAAAGCCCCGCUUGUUGAGAGUUGUUGAUAAAACAGGAAGUCUAGAGGGAAUGGCUGAAUGAACAGGUGGAACAGGAUGAUCAGGGAGUUGGGCAAUGUUGUCUGAAGCUGUUUCACCCGCUUUUGGCUUUUUGACCCUAUUGAUCCUAUUCUCAGGAAAGCCCUUCGAAACCUGCUACAAUGACAAGGCCAUAGCCACUGUAGUGAACUGAAAACAGCAGGGCCACAUCCAACAGGAGAUAAACCAGCAUAAAUUGGUCAGUGGUAAAUUCCACCACAAGGAAAAUGCCUCAAAACUGGCCACUUUUUAAUGUUUCAGGUAUACAUUUGUUCCAUUGCAUUGAGUCGUGCACAUCUUCACAUAUUGAAGAUCUGUAGAAGGUCUGAACCAGGAGAAUGUGUUGAUUAAAGUUGAUUAAAGUUCUGAAAGGAGCAAGUCGGUAACAGUUGCUGAUUGGACGUUUGGAGUGUUUUUGUUAUAUUGAAAGGUAUUACCACCAGAAAGAUCAGGACACCAGGAGGUUUAUAAGCAUAGAAGAAUUCGCUAGUAGCCACAAAUAAGACUUUUUGGUGAACAGGUUUGUCUAAUCGUUCAAUAAAUACUGAUUAAUAUGAUAACUGAUUGUGUGAUCUAAAGAUCAGGACUAUCUGGUGAAUGCUUUAGUGCUUGUCUAAUGUGUACUGUUCUUUGACAAUACGUACAGUAUAUAGACAAUAAUAAACGAGAAUCAUGGUACUAGUCCAGCUUAGUCCAGAGCAUUUAAGCAUGCAAAUCUGUUGAACAGAUACACAGUGUGAUGUGCCUAAACCAGUGACUGUAGAAAACAUGAUGCUGUUGCCCAUUAUAUUGGUUCUGUUCUAUAAAAUUGAAGACAAAAAUAUCUAAUGUUUAUUUAAUGUUGUCACAUUAAAAAAAAACGAGAUUGUAGAGACUAGGGAGUCAGCAAUAGGCGGCACAAGGGCCAGAUGUGGCCCGCAAGCAUUAAAAAUCUGGCUUGUGAGGUUGUUUGAGCUAUAAUGAACGAUGAUGAAAAAAAACUUCUCUGGCGAGCUUUUUUUUUACAUUCCGUCUGUUCUCGUUUUCUGCCCGUUCUUGGCCUCCCUAUCUCCUUAUAAGGCCGUUUUUUUUUCCGGCCAUGUCCCAAUUCACUAGCCGGGGCAGCGGUAUUGUAUUGGACCGCAACCCUGAUGACACGGGUUUGAUCCCGCGUAAGGAGCAGUGUGUUUAUUUAUUUAUUUAUUUCCUUUUUCUUCUUGGGUUUACCUGCUUUGAGAUCAACUGUUCUGCAAUUGGGUUCAACAACCCUCUGGGCUGGAGAGCUACUAGUCUGUAGUACUCCAUCCCAUUACACUUUUUUUUAUUUUCCAAAACAGAAUUUUUUCAAUGUAAUGGCUUGGAAAAUAUCUGGCUGAUGGCCAAACUUAAUUGCCGACCCCUGGUCUAGAAUGUGUCUUAAACCACUUUCAUUGAGCUUUGAACACAGAAGGAAAGUGGAUUUAUACUCUUAACUCCAAGAUUGUCCAGUAAGUGAUUGCUGGACAAAUGUUUUGACUAAUGUUUUAGCCCACUAUGCAUCUAUGUUUUCUACAGUCAUCUGCCUAAACUGACUGUCACUGGAGUCACAUAUUACAUAGUAUAUAUGCUCCUUUGCCAUGUUUGAUUGUGUUCUGGAUCAUGUGCAGUAAAGUACCAAAGUCGACCAUUUCUUCUCAUUCUCAUGUUUCAUCCUGAACUCCUUCUGGUUUUCUCCAUCACGACUGCACCCUUUCAAGCUCAGACUUGUUGUUUUGGUUAAAAAACAAACAAGAAAAAUCAUUAAGAACAUGGACGACAUGUUAAAGUGUGCAGUAUAUCGCGUAAAUAAUCAUAUUGUGUAAUAUUUUGAUUAACUUUGUAGGUUUUGGUUAACUAUGUACUGUAUUCAACAGCAAACCCUAACCUUUCGCUGAAUGUAGCCUACACUUGUAGGGGGUCGAUAUGUUUCGCAAAGCAUAGGAUUACUACAAGGAACUAUAUAUUUUUUUGGAGUUGUAUUUUGUGGCUCGACCAGAGUCGAGUCCCGGUCGAAUGUAUCCAUGUGAAAGAAAUUCACGAUUAUGCACCUUCAGCUCGGACGGAACGUACAUGUUUGUAACAUGUGAAAAGCCACUUGUCCUCUUCCCAUGUUCCAGUGAGAGAAAUAAAGAUCUCUUGGCUCCAGCA